AUGGUCUGGGGAAUUAUCACCAUGUGUCUGGGCUUCGUGCGUAAUUUUGCGGGCUUUGUCGCCGUUCGCGCCAUACUCGGAGUAGCAGAGGGAGGACUGUUACCUGGCAUGGUACUCUACCUGUCUUUCUUCUAUAAACGUUCCGACUUAGCCCUUCGCAUCGGCCUAUUCUACACGGCGGCAUCAUUAUCGGGGGCUUUUGGAGGGCUCUUGGCUCGAGGAUUGGCAGCAAUUGGACCACGAGGUGGUCUUGAAGGAUGGCGUUGGAUUAUGAUAAUUGAGGGUCUAUUGACUUUCGCAUGCGGCGCCCUCAGUUACCUCUGUCUUCCCAACAAUAUAGAGACGGCAACUUUCCUGACAGUCGAGGAACGAAAGUUCGCCCGUGAGAGAAUGCGACUGGAUAAUCCAUCUGUACCAGAAGGAACUCUUGAGGCUGAACAGGAGGCCUUCAGGUGGUCCGAGGUUGUCCGAGGUGUACUGGACUUGAGAAUGUGGCUGUCAGCAACAGCGUACUUUGCUAUCUUGUCUGGGUUAUACUCAUUUGGUCUUUUUCUACCUACCAUCAUUAAGGAAAGCGGCUUUGCGGACGACGCGAACAAGGUGCAACUUUGGACUGUUAUCCCGUACGCUGUCGCAGCUGUAAUCACAGGUGGGCUCUUCGAUCGCCAAUCAAUCCAGGUUCCCUCAGUUGCUGACCGCAUGCCUUCUUUUGGACCAGUCGUUGUGGCUCUCAUCUCAGACCGGCUGCAGCUUCGCGGUGUUGUCAUGCUGUUUACCCUGCCGAUUGCGAUUGCUGGUUACGGAGCAAUUGCCAACAUCGAGACCGCCAAAGUCAAGUAUGGGAUGACCUUCCUCAUGGCCACGGGCAUAUACAGCAGCGUCCCAUGUAUCCUGGUUUGGAAUUCCAACAACUCCGCGGGGCAUUACAAAAGGGCCACUACGUCCGCAAUGCAGUUGGCCAUUGCGAAUUGUGGAGGGUUUGUUGCUAGUGAGUUUUCUGUUUCUAUUCCCCUGCUCUUGCUUGUUGGAGUCAAGGUCCUGAACUGA